GGCCGGGGCACGGUGCGUGCCGGGGAUCCUGCGUGCCCUCGCAGGGAGGCUGCGGGACUGGGGAACAGCUGGGCGGCUGCCCACAUCUGGAGCAGGGCGGCCGAGCGGGAAAUAAUCCGGAGGAUUAUGCACGCGGGCGCGGCACCUACCCCCCCGCGCCUGCCCUGCAUAUCCCCAGAUAUUCCAUAAAAACCUCAAAUCCCCGGUGGCAGCCCCACGGUCUGCGCCAGCCAGCCCCCCCGGGGCCAGGCAUGUCCUGCGGCACGGGGGCAGCCCCCAGCCAUGGGCAACUGCACCAAGACCCCUGAGCGGCGGCUCCCCAAGGUACGGCAGGGCUGUGGCACCCCGCGGGGCAGCAGCAGGAGGAGGAGAAGGGGGGUCCCUGCCUGGCCCCCCCCUCGCCGCUGACGCCUGCUCCGCCCGCAGGAUGGGAAGCCACGCUCGGGUGCUCCGGGCUCCGGCGCAGGGGACCCUGAGGACGUGCUGGACGUGGCACAGACCUCUCCGAUGCAGGGAUACUCGGUGCUGCAGGGGCUGGUGGGGCCGGCCUGCAUCUUCCUGCGGCAGAGCAUCGCCAUCACCCAACGGGACCGGGAGCUGCGGCCUGAGGAGAUUGAAGAGCUGAAGCAGGCGUUCCGGGAGUUCGACAAGGACCACGACGGCUACAUCAGCUACAAGGACCUGGGCGAGUGCAUGCGGACCAUGGGCUACAUGCCCACGGAGAUGGAGCUCAUCGAGCUGUCCCAGCAGAUCACCGGGGGCAAGGUGGAUUUUGAUGAUUUCGUGGAGCUGAUGGGCCCCAAGAUGCUGGCGGAGACAGCGGAUAUGAUUGGGAUCAAGGAGCUGCGUGACGCCUUCCGUGAGUUUGACACCAACGGGGACGGACAGAUCAGCGUGCCGGAGCUGCGGGAGGCCAUGCGCAAGCUCCUGGGGCAGCAGCUCAACUAUCGGGAGGUGGAUGAGAUCCUCAAGGACGUGGAUCUCAACGGCGAUGGCCUGGUGGACUUCGAAGGUAGGAGCAGGGAAGGGGCCAGGAGCACCCCCAGGGACAUCCGGGAUGUUCCACGUGUGUUUUCCCCCGUCAGAGUUUGUGCGGAUGAUGUCGCGCUGAGGGCGGUGUGUGCCAACGCGGGACCCGAGCCCCCCGUGCCUUACGAAGAGGAGGGGGCCACAGAGGGACCCCCAGCUCCAGGGGCUGGGGCAGUGCUGGCACAGCGGCACCUGUGCCUGGGGUGAGGCCGGGUGCUGGAGCUGCUCCAAUGCUGAGCUCUGACCCUGGUGGGAGGCGCUGGGGACAAAGCUGGGACCCUUCUCGGCCAAGCUUCAACCACUCUCGCCCUCAUCUCUGCUCUCUCCCUGCAUUAUCCCCCUUCCCACCCAGACCUCACCCCAAAAGUCACACCAUCGUCGUCCUCCCUCCUUCAGCUGUGCCCCGUCCCUGCUGCUCAUCCCCCCAGCCUCCAUUCCCACUCUGUGUGCUCCCCCCACACCAUGUUUAAUGUGGACUGCACAGCAUAACCCACCCCGUCACCACGGUUUGAGCUCAGACUUACCCCAGACCCGCCUAGGGUGAGGCAUCCCUCCCUUUCUGGGGCUGGCACAGACCCUCGCGGAUGUUCUGGCAGCCCCUGGCACGGGGGAGGCUCCAGGCA